CGACUCGAUGUCGUCCCGGCCGCUGCUGCUGCACACGUCUGCCCUGAAUGACGCUGAAUAUGAUCUGUACACCGCCUGUUUCCGCGACCUCGUCGAUGCCGACGACGACGAACACCGCACUCAGUGCGAUGAUGACCAACACCUCGACCGAACGACUGUCGGCGUACGCGAAGUGCGCGCCUGGCUAAGGGGCAGAUACCCUGAUGUCGCUACUCAGGAUGUCGACUCGAUACUGAGACUAUUUUGCCCCAACCUCGGGCCGACCGAUAUCCUCAACGGCGGACAGUUCUUCGCGGUGCUCAGGCUGCUUACUCACGUACGCCAUGGCGAAGCUCUGGACAGGUCACUUGUUUUCCGCCAAGCUCAUCCAGAACCGUCCUCGCGAGUCUCGUCACCCUUCAAGCCACCCCCGCCUCGACGAUCAACCACGCUGCCUCCCUCACGUCCGUCACGACUGAUACCCACGAACGAUCUGCCUACGCCGGACACCUCACCAUCUACAACACACACGACACACAAUCCGUUUGAACGACCUACUCCUGAUCUCCCCCCGCGACCGAAGCCGGCCGUCCACCAAAGGACGGACUCGACUCAUCGAAGAGCUGUAUCUGCGUCUAUUCCUUCCGUCCCUGCAACCAUCGGACUCGCGGGUAGUUCAAGCAUGCACUCUAACAAUCCGUUCCGUAAUAAGCCUCCGAAACCACCGGCACCAAGCGCUUCGACGAAACCCACCUUGCUUCCCGCCGGGCAUGCCGCCAAUGGCAUUUCCCCGCCGCUGCCGCCCCGUAAGCCACCGCCGCCACCAGUGCCUAUACAGCCUCCACCCCGUCACCAGUCCAUGUUGACACCGAUACCGUCAUCCCCUGCCACACCACUAGCUUCUGCUGGUGCCGGGGCGUCGAUGCUCGUGGAGCAUACUAAGCCUAUCCUGAGCGCGCAUUCGCCACGCGAUAUAUCGCCGGCUACCACCGGAUACCGCUCAACGCCGAGCCCAUUGAUAAAAAACUCGCUACAUGCCUCAAAGGUCGCGCAGAGCAUCCGAAAGGCGGAAGAACAGCUCGAGAACCAGCGCGUGCUCCACGUAUUGAAGCGCAGCACUUCCGCGUCUGGGAGUACCUCGCAACUGGACAGACAGCUCACGGGCUCCUCCGCCACGUCUUCAUCUGGCGUAGGCGCAACCAGCUCCAUCGUCCGCAACCGCAGUGCCAGCCCCACAAAAGGACCCGUUCUGCCUACCGUGCUAGAAGGCAGAGCGCAGCGGCAGAGCCUCCCUCCCUUGCCAAAGCGGAAGUACUCUAGUCCUCCGCCUGCCUCCGCUGCCUCCGCCCGCUCGAUGGAAAGCCUCGCCAACGCGCACUUCGACAGUUCUCCCUUCUUGGAUGGCGGCGCCGGCCGUGACGAAGGCAAUCGCUCGUCACCAUCUCCUACCCGCUCCCCUUCGCGGCCUCCUCAGCACCCGGGCCGCAAGAGCUCCAUGGCGUCCAGUGACGUUAGCGGUGGCGGAACCACAACCCCUCCGCGCGUUGGGCGCAGCAAGUCCCUGCACCACCCGUCAGGCCCGCCACCUGUCCCGCCUCCCCGCCGCAAGCGCCCGGAGUCCGUGCAGGUCACCGCGUCGUCAUCGUCAUCCGGUGGCGAUCCGCUAGGUUCUCCUUUCAGGACCGCGCCCGCGUACCCGAGUACGGCAACCUUCGGGUCGCUCUCGCGACACCUCUCACUCACAUCAAGGCCCCGCCGGUCGCUCUCCGGCGAGCGCCUCUCGGAGGACUCACCCGUGUCGAGUAUCCAACGCGCGUUCGUCAACCUCGGCGCGAAAGCGCAGCCCAAGUUCGAGGCGGCGAUGUACAAGGCCGAGGCUGGGCUGAGCAGGCGUGGGUACGUACCGCAUCACCACAGGCGAGAUGACUUUAGUAUGGCGAGGGGUGAUCGCGGCGAGGAGCGGCUGUUCGAGGGAAAUGGUGAGGGCGAGGAGGUGGCGGUGGAUGAGGACGAUUCCUCGGACGAGGAAGAGACUCGGCGGCGGCUGCACCUGGAUAGUGGCAAGGGCUUGGGCAUUCAGGGCGACGAUGACAGAGGAAGACGGUGGAACGAGGGGUACAAGCCGCUGUGAACGGGGUUCUAACUGCUAUACUCCCUGGGAGAACGAGUAGAGUAUACGAUAGGAUACGUCUUGCAUUGUAUAGUAACAUCUACACGGCCACGAUUCUGACGACUGC